UCUCAAUGCAGUGCUCCCGUUAUUCCAAGACAUUCUACCAAUGCAUUCUACCGAAUAACCUACAACUCAGGUGAUGACGUGAUUGUAACCUGUGAUGCAAGCAACGAUCGUUUUACCCUCCAUUGUAACAACAGUGGAAUUUGGAGUGGACCGGAAAUGUCUUGCCAAGAACCAGCCAAACCUCCAACACUGUGCAGUGCACCUCAUAUUCCGAGAUAUUCGUCGAUUGAAAGUCAUCAUUUGAACUACAACUAUGAUGACAGAGUGACAGUGACAUGUGACACGAACAGUGAUCAAUUUACCUUACGGUGUCAGGCAAGUGGAUUAUGGAAUGGCCCUGAUAUAUCUUGUGCAGCACCGACAUUGCCGAUAAUACCACCUUCAUUUUCUCUAUCACAUGCCUCCUGCAGUGCACCAGCAGUGCCUAUUGAUUCAACCAUUCAGAAUCUUCGUCUCUCAUACAAAGACGGUGACAGGAUGAACGUGACAUGUAACGUGGGUUCUGAUUGGUUCGACGUGUCAUGUGACGAUGGAAUAUGGAUAGGCCAAAACAUAGUUUGCCCUGACCCUCCCAAAGAAUGCAAUCCACCAAUCAUCCCCGUCGUCUCAUUCAUGAAAAAUGUUAAGCCUCGCUACAAGAUUGGUGACCAAGUCAACAUCACAUGUAACGACGACUCUGAUUGGUUCGCUUGGGAAUGUCACACAGAUGGCUUGUGGCGAGGAAAUUCUGUCCAGUGCUCUACUGAUUGUCCACCUACCGGAGGAAGAAAACCUACAUUUCCAGAUCGCAUGGUAAAUUAUAGUAGUGAGCAAAAGGGAAGGGAUUACUUUAUCACCGGUCUUCUGGUUACAGCUGUCAUCUUAUUCAUCCUUGUUCUCAUGUGUAUGGCUGCGUUUGUUAUUUUCGUGAGAAAUCGUGGCUACGAUCUAGCAACAUCAUCGAAAGACACUUUUCAAGAUGAGAAAGGAUCCAGAGGCCCUCUUCCUGACGUUCCUGACGGUUAUGCCAAGUACAUUGGAGGUGACCAGUCACUCUAUGUCGAACCAUACCUCAAACAAAAUGGAGAUCCCAUUCGAAGCUAUGAAGUCUACGAAAAACCAACUUGAAUACAUUACUCCCAGUUUUAGAUUCGGCGAGCAAUACAUAUAGGACAACUCCACUCUUGUUUAUUGACCUUCUUUUAUAAAUAUGUUGUUGCUUUGUGUUGCUGUUUAAUUGUCUACAUUGUUUAUACCUAGUAUUGGCAUGCACCUUUGCCUCAUUUUCUGAGUAUUAAAUGUUUUAGUCGUUAUACAUCUUGACUAAUACUUCCUUCAAUUUGUUAGAUGUUCUUACACGCAGUCAUUCCCUUUUCCUUGAUAAUUUACACGAAUAUUCACUAUACGGAAAUACCAUACCAUUUAUCCCUCUUCUUUCUCAUAAUGCAUUAAUUAUUGUCUUGGCAUAAACCGAAUCCACUAAAUAUCAUUGUAUUAUUA